UGACAAGUUAAGAAACACGGCAAAGUUAUAUAUUAUUUAUUUUAAUAAAACUACUCGCUUCCUACCAACUCCAGUUUCACUUCCACCUGGCGAAGUGCUUGUCGAGUUCAAAUUCUGUAUGUGUAUCUCUACCAAUUGCCUCACCAAGUUAGUUGUAUCCACGUUCGUGUGAACAAUUAGCUCGAACACCUUCAAUUGUUCUAGAGUCCUCCAUUCGUUCUUGUGGUGUAUUGCUACGUUGAAUAGUUCGUUUAGAACAUCUCUCGCCUUCUUGAUCAUGCUGAGAAUAAACCCUGCUUUAUAAGGAGCGUCGUCUCUGUACUUAUUCUUUAUGUGGUCUAUAGAUUUGAUUCUUCUGUUAGUAUCAUGUACAGUUUGCUCAACCAGUGUUGCUAUUUUCACUUUUAUGUCUGCGUCUCUGUCUUGGUCCCUGUAACCUUCUCUGCGUAUGUUAGAUUUUUCGAGAAGGUUCCUUCGUAGAACAUUCGUUUCUGUAGUGCUCUUGAGGGGUGGAUAAUUAUUUUCUUCUUGGGAACUAUCGCUAUCUUCCUCGCUUUCAAAUGACGACCGCGUAUCAGUUUUGAGUACGUCAAUGAAUUUUAAACAUAAACUUUCUUUCAUGAUGCAUAAUAUACCUAAAUUUAAAAUUUCAUUAUUCAUUUAUUUUUCGUUAAAUAGUAUCCUAUGAAAAAUACUUGUAUCAUGAAAGGACUAUCUAUGACUAUGUACCUUUUUAUAGGUUUGAUCAAAAAUUGUUAAAAAAUUCAUAUUAAUCUAAUAUUAAGAACUUUCUAUUACUCGCCAGAUACAGAAGCUUCUUUGAAAUCUAUAAGGUACAAUUUACACUUUAUAGCUAGCAUCAAAAGCAUAAGAUAUAAUGUAGGAAUAAUAGUUAAAUUAAUGUUUUGCUUCACCUCAAAAUUAUCUUUACAUUCAACAUUUAAAUUUUUCAACAACUGACAUUAACAUUUAGUGAAAUUGCCUAACAAAACUUUAAUUAAUGGUGAUAUGCUGACAAAACAUAAUAAUAAUACUUCAAAAAAAAAAAAAGAAUAUAAAAUACUUACAUAUCAUCAUAAUUCUUAAUGCUAUCUUCAUAUUUGUACUUUAUAUUUUGACAUCAUACGACGUGACAAGUUUAUGAACAUAAUUAUUUUACUAGCAAAAAUUAUUAGUUUGAGUACCUACAAGAAAAUAUUUUAUGACAGCAUUUCGAAUCUUUACGACCUUUUUCUUAAUUAAUAUUGAAAAAUUUAUGAGCAUCAAGCUGUUUCCAGCACAUGAACUGAACACAUUUAAUAAUACUAAGUUCCUAAGUAUUAAAGGAAAACAUAAUAAAUGAAAUAAUUGUCCACCUCUUAAUCCUGUCGUACUUGAGUUGACUACGCUCGGGAUUAUAGCGUGCUCUCUUGAUCCAACUAAAAUUAAAUUAACUGUUCUCUCUCUUUGUAUGAUCUUUCAAAGAUAUAAAGAGGGAAGACAAUAUUUGAUUAAAGGGCUAAGGAAUCCGGCUGUGAAAUAUGAAGUCCAUUUUUUCCAGUCUAUCAUUGGCCAGAGUUACGACGCUCUCGCGUAUGGCGCAAUUUUCUUUACGAAACUUUUGUAGGCAAUAAAGAAAGCGCUCCACUUUGGAAUUUCCGGUAUCAGAGUUUAGGGACGUCCAUAGAGCAAGAAUGUAACAAGAGCUGAGAAUAUAAGCGCCUGCAGGGAGUGCACGACUGAAGUUAGAAUACUCUUUGACGAUUAUUGUCAAAAUUUCUCGUGAGUGAUAAUGUUUUUAAAAAAAUCUUCGAGCUUGCUAUUGAGAAUAUUAGAGCAUCAGAGAACAGAAAUAUUAAAGUUUAGAAAAUGCCACAGUCUAUUUGGAGUCAAAGAACUAUUGCAAAGAGAAAAGGUUAGCAAUUUUCGCAUUCUCCAAGCAAAGAGCAGCGACCACGAUAUGGCGGUGGAGCUGAUCAAAAGGCAUUACCUGAGCGAGCACAUUAUGGUGCGCGCGCGCCGCAUGGACCUCAACGACCGGGCUUUAGACGAGUAUCUCAUCAGCAUGUUGAAGCAAGGUAACACUUUAUACGCCAAAACUGAAGACGGCGAGGUGGCUGGUGUGUGCAUUAACUUCGCCAGUAGCCAUGUCGACCCGAGGAAUUUGCGGCUUUACGCGUACUAUCGACAAAAUCCCAACACAAAGGACUUGCUCUGCUUUAUUGCGCAACUGCAAGAGACUCCUAAUCUUUGGGAAAUAUUUAAGCAACCGAAGAUAUUUGAGAUCAAAAUGCUGACAGUUUUGCCAGAAUUUCGAAGGCAAGGUUUAGCAGUAUUGCUAGCGGAAAAAUCUAAGUUGCAAGCGUUAGAUCAAGGUUAUAAAGUCAUCCGAAUGGACUGCAUUAAUGCUCACGAUUACAAAGUGGCCGAGCGGUGUAUGCUACAAUGCAUCGUCAAGUUUCCUUUACACAAGUUACGCGGCGAAAACGUCCCUUACAUCAAACGCGGAUCAGAGUUCAACCGUUGCGUGCGCGUGUACGUGGAUGCGCGUACGCAGGCAGAUGUACCGGACAAGAACUUCGUCAAACAUAGACAGAUGGAUUUGGAUAGCCUUAUUGAAUAGACAUUGGCUUCUGCAAUCAACUUCCAGUCAAAAGUAUAGAUAAUCUGGUUCCUUUACUUAACAGAAGCCCAAGCAUGAUUUUUUUCAGCUCCGUAAAGUAUCGUAAUCCUCAAAUUGUAAAUGGAAAAAGCUAGUUUGUUCUUACGUCCGAUAGGGGCGGCGCUGCUUAGUUUUCAUAGAAACUUUGACGAUGCGAUACAUGAUUCUCUAAACUUAAAACUAAAUUCAACAUCAGUCUCUCCUUUUCAUUCUGUAUA